UAUAAGAGACACAACACAAAAGUUCUCAUUUAAUUCUCCAUACUUCUUUACUUCUCCACAAUACAGACUAGACAAGAAAGCGGAAGAGAGAACGAGAAAAAAAAAUGAAACGUUUCAAAUUAAAGAUAUCAAGAAUCCUCUCCUUCAAAUCGUGCCGUUCAAAAGAUUCCUCCGACCUCCCUUUCAAUCCUGUCCCUUCACUCCCCCGUCGACCUCCUCCAUCAGCUGAUCCAUCAACCACCGUGCCAAAGCGUUGUCGUUCUUCUUUUAGACAACACGUGUUAACCACUUUCGGCUGCGGCUCAAGUCGGCGACGCUCUUCCACGCCACUGGAUAUUUCCCGGAGGAACUCAACGUCGGUAUCUCCGCCGCAGACGCCGACGUUUCAGUGGGAAAGCGAAGGAAAAUGGCGCGUGAUUGCUCAAGAAGAUGAGGGAGAAUACGAAACGCCUCGUCGGAAAAUCUACGACGGAGAUGACCGUCGGCGUUCAGUGAAGAAAGAAAGAUACGCACGGCGGCGAGGGAGCACUUCCUCCGCCGAAGAGGAGACGGAGAGAGAGAGUCUCUUGCCAUCUUCUACAAACCUCUCGCCGGAAAGUUCCUCUUCCGGUUUGCCACGUGUCACUAGACUACGGAGAAACCCUCCCACGAGAAAAAGCGAGUCGUCUUUGAUUGCUGAGGAGAAAAGCGAGUCGUCUUCUUCUCCGCCACUGUCUCCGGCAAGAUUGUCGUCGUUCAUGCAGAGAUUAAUCCCGUGCACGGCGACGUCAGCGGUUGCGAUGGAAGGAGUGGCGGUGGUGAAGAGAUCAGAGGAUCCGUACGAAGAUUUCAAGGGGUCAAUGAUGGAGAUGAUAGUAGAGAAGAACAUGUCUGAAAUGGCUGAGCUUGAACAGCUUCUCAGCUGCUUCCUAACGCUAAACGCGAAACGCCACCACCGCGCUAUUGUUAGAGCGUUUUCUGAGGUUUGGAUUGCUUUGUUCUCCGGUGGUAAUGACGGCAGCAGAAGGUCCAGUGUUCACCUCUCCGAUUAUGAUGAGUGUUAAAGAACAAGCAAUAAUGUUUAAAAUUCUCUGUUUAUCACUAACUUUAUCUUUCUGUUUUUUUAAUAAUUAAAUGGUCAAUGUAAGUGGUAACCUGUGUGGUGGUGCAAUGAUUAAAACUGUAAUCUUCAUGCUUUGUGC